GCGCAGACAGUCGAUGUCAAUUCUGUUCGCGUCACUUUAACUAGACUGAAUUCUCGAUGUUAUCCGGUUUCAUUUACUAUUUCAAUUGAAUUACGUUUUUCCGUGUUAUUUCAUCAUCAACUCAUACAUUUAUUCAUCCGAUUAGUUGGUAACACUAACGAGAUUUUUUCUUUCUAUUUGUUAAACUGAUUUAUUAUUCCUAAGUGGUGAUAAAUUCAAUUUUUGAUUGAUCAGUUAAUUAGUGAACAUAAAAAUAAUUUUAAUUUCCUAUAAAAUCGUUUAAAUAUCAAAUGAUAUUUUUUUAUUGAAGAUAAUCAAUUGAAUUGUGAAUGCUAAUAAUUUCAAUUUUCAUCACGCAACAGGUUUGUAACCCAAGAAUAGAGUAUCCGAAGCGACAGGAAGAGCCGAAAUUGGAUCGCAAGCUUCAUGAUAUGAUGAUAAAUCGAUCGUAACAGAAAAUGCUGCUCAAAGUAAUUAUCAUCAAUAAAAAGUAGAAAGAACAAAAAACAAUAACCUCAUUGCUCAAGUUAAAUGAAAACAAACGAUCGUGGCGCAGUGAUGCGCGGUUUAGACUAAAACACGUGGAAAAUCAUGAUGACUUUACCAAGGCUAUUUAUUCUGAGUCUUACUAUUGGCGUUAGUGUUGGUAAUCCUGAUGCUAAACGCCUUUAUGACGAUCUUUUGUCCAACUAUAAUCGACUUAUACGACCGGUAUCAAAUAAUACCCACAUUGUUGUGGUGAAACUAGGACUUCGGCUAUCACAGCUUAUCGAUCUUAAUUUAAAAGACCAAAUUCUAACCACAAAUGUCUGGCUAGACCACGAAUGGCAGGAUCACAAGUUCCAAUGGGAUCCUUCGGAAUACGGCGGAGUGACUGAACUUUACGUCCCUAGUGAACAUAUUUGGCUUCCAGAUAUUGUUCUAUAUAACAAUGCUGAUGGAGAAUAUGGUGUAACGACAAUGACAAAAGCUGUAUUACACUACACUGGCAAAGUAUUAUGGACACCUCCAGCAAUUUUUAAAUCUUCAUGUGAAAUAGACGUGCGAUAUUUUCCCUUUGAUCAACAAACAUGUUUCAUGAAGUUUGGUUCGUGGACAUAUGAUGGGCUACAGAUUGACCUAAAACACAUCAGUCAAAAAACGGGAAACAAUAGCGUUGAAGUAGGAAUAGAUCUAGGGGAAUAUUAUCCAAGUGUUGAAUGGGAUAUUCUGGGUGUUCCAGCGGAACGUCACGAGAAAUACUAUCCUUGUUGUACAGAACCCUAUCCAGACAUAUUUUUCAACAUUACCUUACGUAGAAAAACUCUCUUUUACACUGUCAACCUCAUAAUACCUUGUGUCAGCAUCUCAUACCUAUCAGUUCUAGCAUUUUAUCUACCAGCCGACUCUGGAGAAAAAAUAGCAUUGUGCAUCAACAUUCUAUUGUCUCAAACUAUGUUCUUUUUACUAAUAUCCGAGAUCAUACCUUCUACAUCUUUAGCACUUCCUUUGCUAGGGAAAUAUCUCCUAUUCACUAUGAUACUCGUUGCCUUAUCUGUUGUUGUAACGAUUAUUAUUCUCAAUAUUCAUUACCGUAAACCCAGUACCCAUAAAAUGGCACCCUGGGUGCGGAAAAUAUUUAUCAGAAGACUGCCUAAACUACUAUUAAUGAGAGUGCCAGAUGAUCUACUAAAUGACCUAGCAGCACAUAAAAUGUACGGUAGAGGGAAGCCUGCUAAAAAAACAAAAUUUGAUAAUGCAAUAUCUGCUGCUAUGCGGUCACCAUCUGUUAUGUCCUCUCCUGAAUCUGUAAGGCGACGAGUUUGCAAUGGACUACAUAACACUCCAGGGAAUAGAUUUCUCGGUCUGGAACCUGGAAUGGGAGGCUACAAUGGACUUCCUACUGUCAUGUCUGGACUGGACGAAUCUAUGAGUGAUGUCGGUCCGAAAAAAAAAUAUCCAUUUGAGUUGGAGAAAGCACUUCACAAUGUCAUGUUUAUUCAACAUCACAUUCAACGUCAAGAUGAGUUUAAUGCGGAAGAUCAAGACUGGGGAUUUGUUGCCAUGGUACUUGAUCGUCUAUUUCUAUGGAUAUUCACAAUCGCAUCGAUUGUUGGUACGUUUGCUAUCCUUUGCGAAGCACCGGCUUUGUAUGAUGAUACAAAGCCCAUCGAUAUGCAGCUGUCGGCAAUCGCUCAGCAGCAAUUUCCGCCGCGUAAUCCUGAUUUACUCAAAAAUAUAGCAGAGCAUCACGCUGUCUAGUGAGAUUCUCAAUUAAUAAGCUUAACGAUAAAAAUGUAUCACAAUAAGAACGAGAAUAAUUCAAUAAAAACUUAGCUUUAACUAUCAAUUUCAAUCAUUAUUAAUAAUUACUUAAACAAUCUUUAUAUAUAAAAUAAAUAAUAUUGUUACAAUAAAUGCAAUGCAAGUUAAAAUGUAA